AGCUCACAAAACGAAAGUGUUUAAAUCGGUGCAAAAGCAAGCAAUUCUCUCUGCAUUUUCAGUGUGUUUUUUAAGACAAAAAGAUUUCUACAAACUUCUGAAGUAUGGCUUCUGUGGGAAGAAACGUUCUAGGUCCAUUGUUGUUUCUGAACUUGGUUAUGUAUUUUAUUGUACUUGGUUUUGCUAGUUGGUGCCUCAAUAGGUUCAUCAAUGGCCAAACUUACCACCCUAGUUUUGGAGGAAAUGGUGCUACCAUGUUCUUCUUGACCUUUUCCAUAUUGGCUGCUGUUCUUGGUAUAGUGUCGAAAUUUAUGGGUGCAAAUCAUCUCAGGUUUUGGAGGAGUGACAGUUUAGCAUCUGCUGGAGCUACAUCAGUCAUUGCUUGGGCUGUUACUGCUCUAGCCAUGGGGUUGGCUUGCAAGCAGAUACACAUAGGAGGACAUAGAGGAUGGAGGCUGAAGAUGGUCGAGGCAUUUAUAAUCAUACUAACAUUCACACAAUUGUUGUGCUUAUUGCUGACCCAUGCAGGACUGUACAAUAGCAGAUAUGGUCCAGGUUAUCGUGACACUGACUAUGGUGUUGGAGGAGGAGCUACUGGAGAUCCAAUGCACAAGGGUGGUCCUGUUGGUGGCACUCGUGUUUAAAUAAAUAUCAUUAUCCAUAUAACUACACUUUGUUUCUUGUUUUUUAAUAAUAUUGUAGUUUCCUAGUUUGGGACACGGGACUAUGUUCCUGUCUCUCUCUUUUCUUUUCUUUUCUUUUGGGUUUGUUGUAUGAAGAGUGUCACUUUGUAGCAUUACAUUGUGUAUACCAAUGGCUGCAAUUAAUCAUGUAUUUGCAAUUUGCUUAUUUCUGUU